AUUCUCUUAAGUUUUAAGGCGUAGGUGCAAGCGACCCGGAAGCCUUUUGGGAAUUAGCGUAUCUGUUGGAUUCUGUACAAUACAAUUUUACUUAUAAAAGUGUCUGUCAACAAAUUUAAGAAAAUAUUUGAAAAUGGGUCUAAUUUUUGGAUCGUUUGCCGCUGUAAUUUUGCUGUUAACGAUUAAAACAACAAGAGCGGAGAUAAUUAAUUGUGACUUUUACGACACUGUGGAUAUUUCAAGUGGUGAAAAGUAUCCGAAUGGUUCGUACUUAUAUGACGGCUUACUGAUUCCCGCCGACUUGGUGGCUGAGUAUAACUUCACGCUUUCGCCCAAUGGCUCCAAAGAAUUUGUGCCGAGCUACAUGAGAGGGUGUGCCUGCAAACUAAGGCCCUGCAUUCGAUUUUGCUGCCCUCACAAUCACAAAAUGAAGAGCAGCAAAUGCGUUGGAGAAAUGUCAAUAGACGAACUGGAGAGCCACAAUCGCUACGUGAACGUGACCCUCAACAACGGAACGGUGGCCAAAAGACACUUUAAAAAGGAUCUAGUCGUCCAAUCGGAUCUGCCCUUGCCCUGUGGUGACAAAAGCAUGCAUUUCGCAGAUCACACAAGGCCUGGAAACGGCUUCACACUGUUCGAGAAUGGAACCUUUUUUCGGGACUGGGACAGUGCGUACUUGAAUAAGACGCAAUACUGCGUGCAGCACAUUGAAUUUCAGGGUGAUAGUAUUCGCAUUGCUCCCCACUUUUGCCAUCUUGAUAAUGAAACCUCGAAAACCGGGCAGAGCGUCGUGAUGAUAAUAUCAUUGAUAUGUAUGGUUCUCACGAUCAGCGUGUACCUCUACGUGAAGAAGCUACAGAACUUGCACGGAAAGUGCUUUAUGUGCUACAUGGUCGCCCUGUUCAUGGUUUACCUACUCCUGCUCCUCGACUUGUGGCACGUGUUUAAACUACCCUCGACCAUAUGCACCACAUCAGGAUUUCUGGGCUACUUUUUCGUCAUGGCCGCGUUCCUUUGGCUUUCUGUCAUCAGUCUUCAUCUCUGGAUAACGCUUACCAGCCCCCCCUGGAUAGAGCGUUUCUUGCCAGAGCACCGUUUUCUGGCCUACAACAGAUACGCAUGGGGCUUGGCUCUAGCUCUGACCGGUGUCACCUUCCUGGCUGAUAAUGUCAUAGAGAACAAGGAUUGGGCUCCUCGCAUCGCCACCACACAAUGUUGGAUCUAUACUGCAGACAAUGUUUCCUUUCUCUACUUUUACGGACCAAUGGUGUUGCUAAUUGUGUUCAACACAGCCAUGUUCAUCCUGACGGCUCUAAGUAUAAUGGGAGUAAAAAAGAAAGUCAGGAAGAAUAAGGUCAACUCGGACAAGCAGAUUUACACUCUUUAUCUGCGGCUUUUCAUUCUCAUGGGUUUGACGUGGAGCUUCGAGAUAAUCACCUUUUCUGUGCGAAAGAAUAUGUUUUGGGCUAGAAUGUUUCAGGUGGCUGACUAUUUAAACUGGUCCCAGGGUAUCAUUAUAUUUGUGCUGUUCGUUUUGAAGCCUGACACUCUAAAACUCUUAAAGAACAUAAUUUAUCCAAACAACACGAUCAAAGCCCACAAUACGAGAUCGAAUGAAUGUCGAAGUACGACUUGCGGAAGUGAGGAUAAAAGCGGAGCUUAGAUCAAUUUGAGGCUGUGAACAAGGAACCUCGCCACUCUUUAACUGGA